UGUUGUAUACUCAUUCACUGCAAUGGCUGUGAAUUCUUUUCCUCUGUUUUAGCCACCGUGUUAAUUAGUGACAGUAUUGUAUUUGUAUGUUGAGAUCUGGUAGCACUUAGAGAAAACAACUCCUCAAUAUGGCAAAAAAUCUCAGCAAGUGGUGUGGUAAUUAGUGUGGAAGUGGAAUAUUGUUAUUCUGUGGACCCUAUCGUUUUGGUACUUGAUUCUUAAGGAAAUCUGGAUAGUAGAUUCUAGGAUGGGUCUUAGUUUAUUUGAAAACGUUUUCUAAACUUCCAGUAUAAAAAAUGGUAUUGACUGCAACAGAUUCUUAUAAUUUAAAUGGUAAAUAAUGUUCCUGGGUUUGUAGUGGGCAGAAAAAUGUAUUAAAUAUUUGGCAGGUGCUUUUUGUUUGAGGAAUUAAAAUCCUCUUUUUAGGUUAGCAUGCAUCACACAAUGACUAUAGAUGCGUAGUAAUGUGGUUUGGCUUCUACAUCAAAAUUGCUACAGGCCUGCUGUGCUAUGUUUUUCAUACAAAACCUAGAAGCCAUGCUAUAAUUGGGAUGCUAUAACAAUAUGUAGUAUAAAAAUGUUGUUGCAUUACUGUGUCUGCAGUAAUGCAACGCUGCUAUGAUGUCUGAGAUGUUGCGAUGAGGUAGGUUCAUGGCUGGUAGUUGGAUAGGGCCAGUCCAUUCUGGGAAUCCUUGAGUGUCGGGACUUUCCGGCCUUCAGUUAGCCAUUCUGUUUGUGUCUCAUCCAUUAGCAGCUGGUUCAUUUAUGCUGCCAGGCACUCAUGAAGCACAGUUAGCUUCUUAAGCCUGUAGGUGUGGAUCAUGUCUGCGCCUGGUGCUAUCCAACUCUUAAUGCUUGAGUCUUUCUUGGAUGUCUCCCACUGUGAUAUGGAUAAUGGACCCUGUUCAGGGAUAUGUAUCAAUUCAUUUCAAAGCCUUUAUUGUCACUGCAUUUGAAAACACAAUGACAUUUGAAUCACAUCACCCGGUUGGCAACCAAACACACCCAGAUAUGUGUCUCACAUGUAAGCAGUGUGAACAAAUAAAUAAACAAAAAGUAGGAAAAAGAUUAAUUUAAAUGUGCAUUGUAAUAAAUACUAAAAAUGAAUAUUUAAAAAAUCUCCACUUUAUUCAUAUUGAGAACAGAUUUGACACAGUAAAGUGAUUACACUGACUGUAGUUAUUGCACUUGAACUGUUUUUGUGUAGUUGUUUUUAUUCAGGGUUAUUGCAUGUGGGAAUAAACUUUUGAGCCUACUGGUUCUCGUCUUCAGAGACCUAAGGGCAACAUUUGGAACAGGUUAUGGCCUGGAUGUGAAGAGCCAGUGACGAUUUUUAUGCCCCUGCUGAUGUAGUGUUUAACUGCAAUUUGCCGAAAGGAUGAGAGGUGGCAGCCAGUGACUUUUUUUGUGUGCUGUGUUUAUGAUGUGCUGUAGUCUUCUUUUUUUUUUUUGUCUGUGGAUGAGGAGCUUGCAUACCACACUGUGAUGCAGUAUGAUAGCAGCCUCUCACCAGUAGCUCCGGCUGCAACUUGUUUCUCUUCAGGACUCUAGGGAAGUGCCAGCACUGCUGAGCUUUCUUCACUGUGGCGGUGGUGUGAGCAGUCCAGGAGAUGUUCUCUGCUAGGUGGGUUCCUAGGAGUCGGAAAUCCUGGACCCUUUCUACGGUCUCCGUUGAUGUAUAAAGGGAGAUGGUCUGCUCUGUACUCCCUGAAAUCAUUGAUGACUUCCUUCUUUUUCUUUGUGUUGAAGGUGAGGCUGUUCACAGAGCACCAGGUGGACAGCCUCUGGAUGAGUCCAACUAUGUUGGUGUCAUCUGUGAAAUCUAUUAUGAAGUACUGCUUGUUCAGGGCUACCUUGCAAAAUCUGGUUGGGGCUUUCCAAAGGGGAAGGUUAAUGAGGAUGAAGCGCCAAAUGACUGUGCAGUUCGUGAAGUGUUGGAGGAGACGGGUUUUGACAUCAAGAACCGUAUCUGCAAAGAUGUUUACAUAGAGCAGAAAAUCACUGACCAACUAGUGCGGCUCUACAUCAUACCAGGAGUGUCCAAGGAUACAAAAUUCAACCCCAAAACUAGAAAAGAGAUAAGGAACAUUGAAUGGUUUCCUAUUGAGAAGCUUCCCUGUCACAGGAAUGACAUGACACCAAAGUCUAAACUUGGACUUGCCCCAAACAGGUUUUUCAUGGCCAUUCCAUUUAUAAGACCACUGCGAGACUGGAUUAGCCGGAGGAAAGGCGAGUCAACAGACAGUGAUGAGGACUUUGCAAACAUCAGCAACAUUCGGUCAAAAUCUCGUCACCUCACAGGUAGCGAUGCCUUUCCAGGAGAGAGCUGGACAAAACACAAGCAGCAGAAAACUUUGAGCCAGUUUGAACUGAACCAGAAACCAAAUGUGAAAGGCAAUGGGAAGAAAUUUCAAGACUUGCCUUAUAUGAAGAAAGGCUCUUGUGACAAUGGAGCCAGCAACCAGCAGGUGAAAACCAUAUUAAAGGAAGAUAAAAGACUUCAACCGCGAAGACUACAAGACAGUUUUGAAAGAGAUGCAGCUCCAAGCAGCUCCUGCGGUCAUCAAGAGAGUAGAGAUUAUGAGCCAAUGCUGUCCUCUAAGGCUUUCCUACAUUUCAGAUUUGACAGAGACGCCAUCAUGAAGAGUUUCGAUUACUGAUAUCGUUGAUGCUGAUCUGUGCCUCCUCUGUAACGUCAAACCUUGAACUCAAGAGACAUUCUAAAUUAAGGAUAUGAGUAAACAAGGGAUAUUAAGGAUGUAACUAAACCAUCUCCUUCUCAUCUUGACUUGCUUUUUAUGUGCAUGUGUGUUGCCUUUCUCACUUCAGAGUAAGUUUUCCUGAAAGAAGUAAACCAUAGUAGAGGACUACGCAGGUAAAUCAGUAACUUUUUACAGGUAAAUGAUGUUUUGAAAACAUUUACUUUGAACUUUUAAGUACAUUUAUGAUGACAGUAAAAAGUGGGAAAUUAAUCCUUAGUGCAUUUGGCCAGCGAAUCUUUUUUUGAAUCUGUCAUGUUAUAUUUUGGUUUUAAGCUAUAAUAUAUUCAGAUAAUAGCUUCCUCCAGUCAUUCAGUUAAGUAGCAAACAUUUUCUGCACGGUGUCUUUUAACAGUGAAACUGGCUUAAUGAUAUUACAGUGUUCUUCCUUUUUUUUUCCUCUCAAGAAACUUUAGAUUUUAUGCAGAAAUAUAGAACUUUGUAUAACAUCUUUGAAUAAUGACUUGGGAAAGAAAUAAAGUUGUCUUUAGAUUGAA